AGGAGUGAGAGAGAGAAACAGUUAAAAAAAGAAAGAGGAGAGAGUGAGUGAGAGAGAGAGAGAGAGGCAGUAAAAAGGGAAAGAGGAGAGGGUGAGGCUACAGAGGCAGAGGCAGCACUGACACUGAUCAACUUCAGAAUGGAGGCAUCAGAGGACAACAUGUCGGAGCUGGAGAACGGAAUGUUGGCGAUCAUUAAAGUUUUCCACAAAUAUUCUGGACAAAAGUGCAAACUGAGGAAGGCGGAGCUUAAGGAGCUGAUCAACAAUGAGAUGAACCAUUUCAUAAAGACAAUCCACGAGAACGAGACCCUGGACCAGCUCUUCACAGACCUGGACCAAAACGGAGACCAGUGGAUCGACUUCCCGGAGUUCAUCACCCUCAUUGCCAUGGUGACGUCUGCCUGUCACGACCUCUUUGGGGCCAAAAAUUAGUGUCUAUGACAGACUGGACUACUCAUUUGUCAUUAUAUUUAGAUUUUUCCAACAAAAUUUGAAAUUCUUUCCCAGUUUGACCAUUUUUAAGUUCAAAAUUUUACUUACAUCACAAAAGGAAAUUCCGCAACUGUUACCUACCAACCAUGUUAUAGAGUGGUCUAAAACCCCUCUAAAGAUUAUACAAAUAAAAACUUAAGAAAACAACUUUAUUUUGUUCAAGUAAUGUUGAAAGUAUCUGAAAAAAUGUGUUUCUAGUGUCAAAUGAGCUGAACUUUUGGAUAGAAUUCUCCCUAUAACGUGAUGUCAUGAUUUUGUUUUAAAACUCUCUACUUCCUGUAAUUUUCAACAUAUUUUCCACUUGUCUUCACAAACUGCUUCUUCAUUGAUGUAAAACUCAUUUAUAUUGACAAUAUAUGUUAGCAAGCCAAAUUUAGUCUAAAUUUGAAAAUCAUGAAACCAAACAUGCAAAACUAAGUGUACAACAGGACUGAACAAAUUUAACUGCAUGUUUAUAUAGUCAACUGAAAAUGAAAUGAAAAUGUGAAUAUUCCUUAGUUUAUAGAAUGUUUAUCGAUCAUUUAUAACAUGAUUAUACUUUAGGUUCUUAUGUACAGACCUCCAUUAGUUCAAGGUAUGAAAAAUAAUAGAGGUCUGUACAUAAAAAUCUAAAGAAUAAUUUGAUAUGUUUUUGUGAUUUUUAGUCAUUACUUUUUGUGAGUCUAAUUUUUCAGUUUUUAGGAUGCUGUUUGUAACUUUCCUAAUGAGGCACCUGGCAUAGCAUGAUACAUGUUUUCAUAUUUUGUUUAAUUGCCUGAAAAAAUGUGCAUUUUGCAAAAAUAAUGGCGCCAAAGAACAACCCAGUGUUGUUUAUGUCUCAAUAAAACAAAAGUUGCCUGUG